CAUAAAUAUUUCAAUUGAUAUUAGAUUGUAAAAUCUUGUUUGUUAAAAGUGAAUUAUCAAAAUGGCAACAUCUGGAAUUUCUAGAAAUUCUGAUGUGGUUAAAUAUUAUUGUUGUACAAUCUGCGAGACAGAGCGGUCUGUAGAAGUAGAUGCAGAUUUUUACUGUAAAAAAUGUCUUAAAUACUUCUGCAGAACAUGUAUAAACUCCCACAGACAGCAUGGUAGGUGGUUUUAUAAAAAAUCUCCUUAUGGAAAGGAUAAAAUAAUGAAGUGGCCACUUUCUAAGAAGAUAGAGAAUUAUCUUUUAGCAUGUACCAUACACAAGGAUGAACAGUUGACAACGUACUGCGCGGACCACAGUCAGCUGUGCUGCUCUAAAUGUGUUGAGCUGAAUCACAGCCAGUGCAGUAAAGUGACUCCAAUUAAUGAGCUGACUGACAUGCAGCCCACAGACCUACAGGGACUGUCAGUGGAGCUGGAAACUGUUCUGGGAGAAAUCAAAAGCCUUCAGAUCAGUCAGGAGCUCAGUGUUCAGGCAUUGCUAAGAACAUAUAAGGAACAUGGGGCAGUCAUGAUAGAACAAAUGCGUGGCAAUUUAAAUUUUAAUAUAGAUGAUAUAGAUGAGUGUGGUAAUAGUUAUGUGAGUACAUCGGGCGGACAUGAGCAAUAUUUAAAAGAAGAGAUGUGUAGGAGUGUUCUUUUUAUCUUGAAUGAAUUUGAUAAUAUUACUGUGAAGGAACUAAACGAGAUGAGAGAUGAAGUUAUAAGCAUAAAAGGGUCAAUUACAAGUUCUAUUCAUAAAUGCACCAGUCUUCACAAUGACUUGUCACAUUUCCAUGAAUUUGUUCAGAAAAUUGGAGAUAAUAAGGAGCUCUGCCUUAUAGCCAGCAUAAAAUGUAAGCAUAUAAUACAGCAGGCAUUAACUCUGCUAGGAAAGUCAGGCAAGGUGUUUAAUGUCCAGAGUAAUACUGCGCACAAUGUGAGAAUACCAAGUGAUAAAGAUGUAUGUUAUAUCAAUGGCAUAUGUGUUCUUCCCAAUGGGCAGGUACUGGUUGUAGACUGGAAUAAUCAGAAUGUCAAGCUGCUGAACCAGCAAUACCAGGUGGUGAGUCACUGGGAUGUGAAUGCUCGGCCAUUGGACAUUUGUUUGAUCACACCCAGUGAGGUUGCAGUGGCUGUGAAUACUAGUAACAUACAUGAGGUCCAGUUUAUCACUGUCAACCAGGGAAAGCUUGUUUCUGGCAGGAAGUUUCAGUUACAACAUGAAUGUAGAGGUAUUGCCCAUCACCAAGGAGACCUUUUUGUCACCUCUGGUCAAAAAAUUUUCAAAUACACACUGAAUGGCAAACUGAUAUGCAUACUCUAUAGUGAUUUUUGGUCAUUGGAUGAAAAUUUUGAAGAUAGAUCAGCUGAUUUGACAGAUGCACCUUGA